AUGGCGACCAUGCGAUUGGACGAGGUCGAGGGCGAGAUGACCCGGAUGGGCAGAGUUGACCGGCCGAGGGAGACCCGGCGCGGCCAGGUGGCAUCGCAUUACGUGCUCCGGUCAGUGCCGUCGACACUGCCGCGAGGGGCGAUCCGUGAACAGCCGCUGCCGGCAGCGGCAGUGUCGGCGGAUGUGGCAGGUGUGCUGGCGGCACUGUCGGGAUCGCCGCAAAAGGGCCACGCCAUCAACGGCACGCUCAUCACCCUUGCCCAAAACGCGGCGGUGAAUGUGGAGACGCUCAUGCAUACCAUCCGCGCGCUGGAUGCCGGAGUAGCCGUGCCUACCAGCACGAGCGGUGAGGCGCGGACGACGUCGCAUGGACGCGCCGGCUCGAUGCCAGUGGGCAUUGCGUCGACGAUGCGGGUCCCGGCUGGCGGCACAGAGCCGCUGACGGUGUCGGAGCUCUCGUCGCCGGCGCCGCCGCCGAUGUUGGGCGGGCCGGCGGUGACGCGGCGGGGCAAUCCUCCGCCACAGCGAGCACGGUCGAUGCAGCCGUGGCCGCAGGCGUCGGCGUCGGCUUCGACACAGUCGAUGGCGGACAUCCGGGCCGAAGCCGAGGCCAAAGUUCGGGCCGAGCUGGCAGCUGAGGCCGAGGCCGAGGCCCAGGCUGCGGCUCAGGCCGAGGCCGAGGCUGCUGCGCGGGUGCGUCAAGAGGCCGAGAACGCCGAGCUGCGCCGGCGUGCGGCCGAGCUGGAGCAUCGGCUCUCGGCGCUGGAGGCUGUGACGGAAGAGUCACUGGCCUCGCCGGGGCGAGCGAGCGAGAGGCAAGUGAUGUACGACGUGGCGGCGAGCCCUGUCUCGUCGAUGGUGGAGGACGAGCUGCGGUGGCGUGCGGCGCAGCUGGAGGAGCGGCUCUCGCAGCUAGAAGUUGUGGAAGCACGGCGGAAGCUUAGUGCGUCGGAGCGGAGUGGGCACGACGCGCUGCUGCGUGAGCAGCAGGCGGUGCUUGCGCAUCAGCGGCAGUUGCUUGCCCAGCAACAGGCGCUGGAAGCGAACAUGGCUGCGCAGGAGGAGGAGCUCUCCGAGUCGCGGGCCGAGCUCGGACGGCGCGAGGCGGAGCUCAACGCUGUCCUUGAUCGCCUGCUUCCGGGAGGAGAUGCCGGUCCUGUGGUGGCUGUCCAUGCGCCUGUGUACCGGGGCGAUGUGCACCAAGUGGAGCAAGCCGGUCACACGGAGGUUGCUAGCUUGACUAAGUCUGCGCCAGAGACAGAGUCUGCCCCGGUCAACGCGCCAGCGCCGACGGUAUGCGAGGCUGUACGGGUGCCCGGACGCGAAGCUGCUCAUGUGGAGAUUGCGCGGAUGGUGAUGGAGCCGGCAAAAGCCUCGAUGGAGGAGGUGGCGCGAGUGAGUGAGCCACGGGCGGUGGCCACGCCCGAGCGGAUCCGGGUGUCGAUGCCGAACAAUGUCACGGCAGCAAGCCAGACCGAGGCCGUGGAAGCAGUGGGCGCGGCAAUUCAGACCGAGGCUGUGGAGGUCGUUGGUGCGGCGAUCCAGACCGAGGCUGUAGCGGCUACAGAGGUGUCGCGAGUCCGCAGCAGGCCGCAGCCAGCCCCAGCAGUUCCAGUGGCGUCGUGCGCGAGCGACGAGGAGGAGGACGAGUCUGCUGACGAUAGACUCGCCAAGACGUGCUACGACGACGAGCGGUUGUGGCUGGGCGAGGCGCGGAGCGUGGUGCGGCGGAUCAACGCGCCGACGCUGGCGAGUAUGCACCAGCACUACGGUAGUGAGGAGGGCAAGAUUGGGCCCGCUGGGCGGAUCAUCACAGUGCCACGGCUGAGUGAGGCCGAGGUCCGGUUUAUUGCCGACGUGCGGUCGCGGUACGCACCGCCAGCGGCGGUGGCGUCGCGGGCCGAGGCCGAGGGCGUGCCGGUGGAGCACGUUGUGACCGGGCACGAGUUUGACAUGCUGGUAGAGAUCCGGCGAGCAGACGACGCAAGUGCUGCGCGUGUGGCCAAGCUGCGUGCACUCGGGGUGCUGACGCCGGCGCAGAGCACGCGGCUUCCGCGCGGCUACGGGCAGGCAAUUCUCAAGACCGACGUGGCGCGGCCGUACUUUCAGUUUGCGCACAUGGACGCAGCAUCGCGUGCGGCCGGCUCAGCGGCUGUGGCGGCGACGAUGCGGUGGUCCGACUCGCUGCGGCGGCCGCCGUCGGAGAGCCUCAAGGCCGAGGCGAUCGCGCAGGCCCGCGCGGAGCAGCGGCAGGAGCUGGCGCGGCUGCUGCGCGAACGCGAUGGGUGACGAGCUACUCUUCCGGCUCCUGGAACAGAUAGUCGUGGUACUCGAUGCAGAGCUGAACGGCUUCAGACUGCUGCUGCAUGUCCAUGAGGUUGGCGAUCGACUCGACCGCCGGGCGGAGGAUGUUGGGUGCAAAGACGACGGCGAGGUUGGAGGCGCCCAUGCGGUUGGACGGCUCGUGCGACGCGACGCGAGCGAGGAAGGCCAUCAGCUCCUUGGUGAGCAGGUAGUUGUCGUCCGGGAGCGAGGCGACAGCGUAGAAGAGGGCCUGUAGCUUGUCGGCGUGGUUGGAUAUCUUUGCGGCAGCCACAAACGCAUCGUAGUGCG